UACAGUCAUUUCAAAUUUCGCUCCAAAAACGAUAACGCUAAAAACACCGAAAUGUCAGACCAUAAAGAUUGGGGGCGUUUAGCCGAAAAUAGAAUUUGUUGCAAAUUGUAAGCAAAAUGGCGAUCGCCAUUGCAACCGCGUAAACUUUAGCGUGUUUUCGGUUCGGCAAGGACACACUUCAAUCACGGUACUUCAAUAGUGACGUUUUCCCAUACAUUUUUUAGCAGUGAUAGCACUUACCGCUAAACGAACGCCAUUUUUCUUAUUAGCGCUAACAAUUAUAUUUUCGGCUAAAUGCCCCCAUUGAUCGACGCGAAUUCUAUUUUGUGAUGAACACUCACUGAUAAAAACAAAAACAUCAAUAAAUUAUGUCACGUGACUAGUGACCAUUUUGAUGUCAUACCAAACCAACACAAUCGUGUUCUUCUGAAGUGAUUUGUAGAUUUCUUGAAUUAAAAGAUGAAUUCUAUGUUCUACAAGUCUUGUGCGGUGCCUGAUUGUGCAAGUACUACAAUAAAAACGCCGGAAAAGUUGUUUAUUCACGUUCCACGCACCGAGAAACGCAGGAUAAUGUGGCUUCAGCUUGCCAAAAGGGAUCCAAAGCAUGUUCCUCCACAAUCUAAAUUGUACUUUUGUGAAGAUCAUUUUAAUUUGCCACGUGAUAUGGAGAAUUAUUCUGAAUAUCGUUCGAUGGGUGCAGUGUCACAGAUCCGAAUGAGAGCGGGUUGUGUGCCAUCGAAAUUUGCGACGCGAAUAAUGAGAAACAAAAGCACCAUUACACCCAAAAAGGAAAAAACAAAACAAGAAUGGGAACAAAAUUUAAUAGAUAUUUUGUCAAAACCCAAAAAAAAGAUAGUAUUUAAUGAUGAGAACCUUGCAUCAUUCAAACAAUUAAUCAAUCAAACACAAAACCAAAAAUUACGAGAAUGUCUUGCACGUAUUUUGUUCCAAGACAAAAGUACACAGACUGAUUUUCCGGAAAUAAAGGAAGAAGAACAGUCAUAUGAGACUCAAACAAAUACUGUAUCAUCAAGUCAAAACAGUAGCCCAAAUGUACAAGGGUUCAAUCAAGAAUUGGACAUCAAAAAAGAAAUUAAAGAUGAGCCGUUUGAUAAUGAUGCAUCAUUCCACACACCACCUGAGACUCGCUCGACCUUCCCAUCAUCAUCUACAGAAAUGCAAUGGUCAGAGAACAACGGUCAACAAAAAUACGUCAUUAAAAUUAAACAAGCAGUUGGAAUGGACACGGAUAAAGUCGUAAUUAAUAUUUCACAAGAAAUAGAAAUGAAAUAAAUUUAAGAAUAUACUAUGUACUUACUUUAUAAAGCCAACAUUAUAUUUAUGGCUUUAAAACGUAUAUGUUAGAAAUAUUGAGUGUUAUAUUGAAGUAAGCUAAUUUUUUUCAAAAACACCUUUUAAUGUAAAGAACUGUUCAAUUCUAUACAACUUUGAGGUGACUUAAAAGUGUAAAACUAUCCGCCUAUUUUGAAAACUGCAGUCACUACAAGCACCAGCCCUUGCAAGUAAAAAUGGAACUCAAUCCAUCUUGAGAAUAGGAAGUUCCAAAAUGACAACUAUAAGAGAGGAAGCUUUGAAGUAAAAUGUAAACUGAUGUGGUAAAUGUGAAUGUGCCCAUAAAACAGUUGAUUCGCUUCUA